CCAAAAUACAUUUUUUUUCUGAAAAGCUAAGAAAGAAUGUGAAUGGCUGUCGUUAUUACAACACCACCCCCCUUUUUCUCCUUUCAAAACCCACAUUAUCCUCUCUCUCUCUCAGAAUGGCGACACUACAAUCGCUGGCUUUCUCUUCUCCCAUCUCUCGUUGUUCCCAGCAGCCACGCUGUAAACCAGGCUUCUCGAUAGCAGGAGCCAUUCACUCCAGCGGCACGAGUUCAUCAUUCAAUGGCCAGUCCCUAACCCUCCCACGCCCAUCACAACGCUCGAGAAAACAAAGUCAACCACACAAAAAGUCAACGCCACGUGUCGUAAUGAUGGUCAAACCCACGAUCCAAUUCAUUCAGGGGAUGGACGAGCAGACAGUUCCCGACGUGAGGUUGACCAAGUCAAGGGACGGGACAAAUGGGAUGGCCAUCUUCUCUUUCACGGAGCCCUCGGUUUUCGACUCGUCCAGCGUGGUGGGUGACAUCACAGGCUUCUACAUGAUCGAUGAGGAAGGAGUUCUCCAGUCGGUCGAUGUGAAUGCAAAGUUCGUAAACGGGAAGCCAGCUGGCAUCGAGGCUAAGUAUGUUAUGCGGACCCCACGCGAGUGGGACAGGUUCAUGAGGUUCAUGGAGCGUUACGCAAAUGCUAACGGGCUGUCGUUCGUCAAGAAGUAACUUUGAGGUGGGUUUGGUAUCUUUUUUCUUUUUUUUUUUUUAA